ACCUUGCCAUACGAAAACAUCAGUUCGAAUCGUGCUCUCGUGAACUAAAGUCGUACGCACAAAUUAUUCAACAAAAAAAGUAUAUAUUUUUCUUGCCUUAAAAAUGUAUAGAAACGUACAUCUACAUGCUUGUCGCUAUUGCUCGUGCUCGUUGUCACACGACACUGAGUUAUCAACACGAGGCACCGGCUUUUCUGUACUCACCAGAUCUACGCAGACAAGUCCGAAGUAUAGAUACGAAGACUGUGAAGUGGAGGAAUGCUGGUGCUCAGAUCCUAGAUGCUCGUUUCGCAGGGAAUUCCCUGUUUCCUACUCGCAGCGCUCUCGAAAGUCGGAGGAAACGCGGAGUUCUUCCAAGCAAUCUUCGAAUAAACAACGACGCAGCUCCAGAAAAAUGCAUUCUUCGCGGUACUAUGGGAUUCCGAAUUUGCCUCUGGAGUCUGCAGAUGACAAUUAUGUAGACGGAGUGGAAUAUGAACUCAGCCAGAGCGAGUCCAGUGUAUCACCAGUCAGCCGUUAUACGACGGAUGACGCAAAGUCCUCUGACACAGUUAAAUCUACCGGGAAGUGCAGAUGCAAGUGCUCCAAACCAGAACGCCUCCCGAAAACUAUUAGUUCAAGGAGUGCCGAAGAAAUCAAACCAGAACGCCUUCCGAAAACUAUUAGUUUAAAGAGUGCUGAAGAAAUCAAACCAGAACGCCUUCCGAAAACUAUUAGUUUAAAGAGUGCCGAAGAAAUCAAACCUGAAGGCCUCCCAAAAAUUAUUAGUCUAAGGAGUGCCGAAGAAAUCAAAAAGGCGGUUCGAUCGCAGAUUGCAGUGCUGGAGAAAUUGGAGGCAAAUGGGUGCGAUUGUUAUAUUUGUAAGCCACCACCACCAAGUAAAAAAACCAUGUGUGAGUCUUCUUCGGAGUCGAAGAAAUCGAAACCUAGCCAAAGUGGCCAUCAUGCCAAUGACACUGCCAAUGAUUUGGUCAGAACCGAGAUAAUUGAUCCGAUGAUAAGGCGUUUGCAGCGCGUGUAUCUGAACAACAAGAUACACGAACUGGGCAUCCUGGAUAGUCUGUAUGAUAUGAGGGCGCAAAUCAACGAGGUUUAUAGGAACCGUAAUAACUAAUGGGAUUCCUUCUUAUGCUUACACUUGACUAUUUCUUUGUAUAUUUUCUAUAAUUAAAAUUGGGGUAACCGGGGGCAA